GGUGUUUUCUGCGUUACAUCGGCUGGAGCUUCUUUGAUAAACCAGCCUUCACAUUUUUCCUAGUAUGUAUGUACUCGGUACUGUCCUUGCAUCUUUAAUAACAUUUCUCUUUCUGAAAUGGAUGAAGAAAAGAAAAUUUUGCGUGGAUCCCAAACGGCUCGAUGGAAAGACCGUGCUAAUUACGGGAGGAAACUCUGGAAUUGGUAAAGAGACUGCUGUUGCUUUGGCCAGGCGCGGAGCCCGGGUGAUUAUUGCCUGCAGAGAUGCACAGAAAGCAGAUGCAGCUGUGCGGGAAAUCAAGAGUGAGAGUCACAGUCUCAACGUGCUCAGUAUGCCUCUGGACCUGGCCAAUUUACAGUCUGUCCGGGACUUCUGUCGAACUUUCCUUCAGAUAGAGAAGCGACUUGAUAUACUGAUCAAUAACGCUGGUAUACAGGGUGUACUGGAUUGGACGGAUGAUGGGUUUAGUAUGUGCUUUGGUGUCAAUCAUUUGGGUCACUUUCUACUUACUAACCUCUUGCUUGGUCGUUUAAAAGAAUGUGCCCCAUGCCGUGUGAUUACCCUCAGUUCUACUGUAUAUAAGUACCAGAAGCUGGACUUUAAAGAUUUGAACUACAAUAUCGUGCCUUUCUUCACCUACUGCCGCAGUAAAUUGGCAAAUAUCUACUUCACUCAGGAGCUAGCAAGACUUAUGGAAGGAAAAGGAGUCGUGGCCUACUGUGUACAUCCAGGGUAUGUCCAUAGCAAUUGGACCUCCAACUUCUCCAUUCUUUUUCGCAUAAUCAUGCAUGUCAUCAUGUUGAUGUUUUUUGUGUCCCCUGAAGUUGGUGCACAAACGGUUGUCCACUGUGCAGUCAGUGGCGAGGUGCUACAGCAUAAUGGCGGCUUCUUCUCAGACUGUCAACUUGCUAAACUGCGUCCUUUUGCUGAAGAUGCAGGUGUAGCUAAGAAGCUUUGGGAAGUGAGUGAACAAAUGGUGAAAUUAAAAUCUUAGAGUAUGGCUUAUGUGCUUUCAGAGUGAUGGUCUUAUAGUGGUUAAUUUAUUAAGAUGGCAUGAUCAGUAAAAGUAAUUGUAUUGGUUUUAUCUUAAAGCUCAAAACACAUUUUAUUUUUGUGAUGUGGUGUCACUUGUAUUACAAGUUUCUAUUUGUGAAUCAUGAGUACAAAGAAGGGACAGUUUGAAUGGUUUAAUUCAGCCAGUCUCAUUUCUAUACUUGAAUACCAUGACUGGAUUUACUUGGCAUUCUUACAGAUCACCUGAAUGAUGGCUGAUUUGCGAAGACUCUCAGAGACUGACAUGAUAUUUAGAAUAAGGUUGGGGGUUGCCGAAAGCUUUUUAAAGAAUCUCUGAUGGGGUUAUAUUUUUCUGAGAAGGAGCUCAAAGUUGUCUUAUUGAACAAAAUAAUGUUUUAAAAGAAACAAAUCCAUUGGGUGAGCCACUGUGCCAGGUAGACCUGGUUCAAGACCUGGGAAGGCCCAGAUUACUUCCAGAGUUGUUUUUCUGUUCACGUUGUACUUUUAUCUUUUUACUUUGUUCAUCCCUCUUUAUGUGGUGUAUUUAUUUAAUAAAGGAAAUACUUUUGUAUA